AAGGAUCACAGGCACAUUAGGCAACGCCACAGAAAAACAGUGUGGGCUCUGUCUAUCUUUCUCUCUCUCACUCAGUUGUCAAAGGCUCUAUUAGGUAUGGGUUUUUGAUUCUCUCCUGAGCCUGCCCAAAACCCACCGUUUUUGGGUUUUUUUGGGUUUUUGAAUCUUACUGAGCUGGCCUUCACCAUCUCCAUGUUUUAGGCUGGAAGAAGCGAAAACAGAAGCGCAUGUUAGAACCCACUCUAUAGCUUGAGUACAAUCACAGUAGCAACUCCACCUCUCUCUCUCUCAAUUUCUAAGCAACCAAACACACUUCCCCACUCCCUCCCUUUUUCUUUCUCCUAUGAAAACUUGUACCACCCACUCACCCACCCACCUGAUUCUCUCUUUCUGUCCAUAACAUAUAAACAUAUACAGUCUGUAUCUGUUUUUGCUUUUCCUUUUUUCUUCUUUUUUUCUUUUUAUUUUCUUUUAUAAUUUUUUGUAAAGAAAGUAAAGUAAUAUAUUAGUGACUGAAAAAAGAGAGCUGUGAAAGACCCAAGAAAAGAAAGGAAGAAAAAGAAAGAGACACAUUAAAAGAGAGAACGGUGGAAUUGUCGUCUUUCAUGCUCUUUCCUGUGAAAAAAAAAAAAAAAAAACAUGUUCUUCUUCUUCUUGAUCUCCAUUCCAUAACCAUGUCUCUCAAGCUUUCCCUUCUUCUUUUGCUCUCUUCUGCGGCUCUCUGUUCCUCAUAUGAGCCUCGAAACCAUGAAGUGGACUCUUUGAUAAUUAUGAAAACAGACUUGAAUGAUCCACACGGUGUGUUGAACAACUGGGAUGAAGACUCUGUGGACCCUUGUAGCUGGGCUAUGAUCACUUGCUCGCCUGACAAUGUUGUGAUUGGACUGGGAGCUCCGAGCCAGUCUCUUUCUGGAACUCUCUCCGGGGCAAUUGGAAAUCUCACUAAUCUUCGACAAGUGCUGUUGCAGAACAAUAAUAUCUCCGGAAAAAUUCCAUUGGAGCUCAGUGCCCUUCCGAAGCUUCAGACCUUGGAUCUCUCUAACAAUAGAUUCUCCGGUGUUAUCCCGGACGCACUGGGUCAGUUGAAUAGUCUCCAAUACCUGAGGCUGAACAACAAUAGCUUGUCUGGGCCUUUUCCAGUGUCUUUAGCAAAAAUCCCUCAACUUGCUUUCUUGGACUUGUCUUAUAACAAUCUAAGUGGACCAGUGCCCAAAUUUCCAGCCAGAACUUUCAAUAUUGUGGGAAACCCAAUGAUUUGUGGAAGCAGCACUAUUGAAAGUUGUUCUGGAUCAAUCACUCCUGUUCCUCUUUCCUUCUCACUGGAAUCAUCUCCUGGGAAUCAAAAGUCCAAAAAACUAGCUGUUGCACUUGGGGUCGGCCUCAGCUGUGCCUUUCUCAUGCUUCUAUGGAUUGGAAUUCUUUGGCAUAGAAAGAAGCAAAGAUGCCAAACCAUCCUGAACAUAAGCGACCUUCAAGAAGAGGGACUCAUGAGAUUAGGCAACCUCAGAAGCUUCACUUUCAAAGAGCUUCAACUAGCAACAGAUAAUUUUAGCUCCAAGAACAUACUUGGCGCGGGAGGUUUUGGCAAUGUGUACAAGGGAAAGAUAGGAGACGGAACUCUGGUAGCUGUGAAACGGCUGAAAGACAUAAAUGGAACAGCCGGAGAAUCGCAGUUUCGAACAGAAUUAGAGAUGAUCAGCCUGGCUGUUCAUCGGAAUUUGCUUAGACUAAUUGGAUAUUGUGCUACCUCUAAUGAGAGGCUUCUGGUGUACCCUUACAUGUCUAAUGGUAGUGUCGCAGCCAGGCUUAGAGGAAAGCCAGCACUAGAUUGGAACACAAGGAAGAGGAUUGCAAUUGGUGCAGCAAGGGGUCUUUUAUAUUUACAUGAGCAAUGCGACCCGAAGAUAAUCCACAGAGAUGUGAAGGCUGCAAAUGUGCUCCUGGAUGACUAUUACGAGGCAAUUGUUGGUGAUUUUGGCCUUGCGAAGCUCCUUGACCACGCCGAUUCCCAUGUGACUACUGCAGUCCGUGGAACAGUUGGGCACAUUGCACCGGAAUACCUCUCCACUGGUCAAUCAUCUGAGAAAACUGAUGUUUUUGGAUUUGGAAUUCUCUUGUUAGAGCUGAUAACUGGAAUGAGAGCUCUUGAAUUUGGCAAGACAGUUAAUCAGAAAGGAGCCAUGCUCGAGUGGGUUAAGAAAAUACAACAGGAAAAGAAAAUUGAAGUGUUGGUGGACAGAGAGUUGGGCAACAACUAUGACCGGAUUGAAGUGGGGGAGAUGCUGCAGGUGGCUCUUUUAUGCACUCAGUACCUACCAGCUCACCGCCCCAAGAUGUCGGAAGUGGUGCGGAUGCUCGAAGGCGAUGGCCUAGCUGAGAAGUGGGCAGCAUCACAUAAUCAUGGUAGUUCACACAUAAGCCACUCUCAUCCUCACAGCAAUAACAACAACAACAAAAGCAUGUCCCGCCCUACCACAACUGCUAUUUUAAAACAUGAUUGCAGUGAAAACGAACGUUCAAGCCUGUUUGGAACAACAAUGGAUGAGGAUGAUGAUGACCAUUCCUUGGAUUCCUAUGCCAUGGAACUUUCUGGUCCAAGAUAGGAAAAAAAGUAAAAAAAAAAAAUACGAGAGUAAUGAAUUUUUUUCUAUUUAAUUCUUUACAAAGCCAAAGUUAACGUUGUUGCAAGAUUAAAAAAGAAAAAAAGAAAAAAAGGUUUUUAAUUAUCGGUUUGGGAAAUCAAGUGUUGUAACUUUUAGGCUUGUGGGUUUGUUAUUUUGUAAUGUAUAUAAAGCAUCAUAUAUAUAUUUUUUAAA